AUGGUGCCCGCGCUGCUGCUGCCGCCGCCGCCGCUGCUGCUGCUGCUGCUCCCGGUGCUCCCGCUGGCGCUGCUCCCGCUGCCCGCGGCGGCGGGCGGGCGCUGCCCAUCCCGCUGCGCCUGCAGCCAGGGAGCGCUGCGCUGCCCAACGCCGCCGCAGGGGGCGCUGCCCGCGCCCGCCCGCGCAUCCUUUACCCAUCUCCCUGUGAAAGUAAUCCCAUCACACGCCUUUGAAGGACUUAGAGAUGCCUUCAUCAUUGAAAUCUCUCAGAGCGACUCCCUGGAGAGAAUAGAAGCGAGUGCAUUUGACAGCCUUCCUACCUUGUCUGAAAUAUUGAUCCUGAACACGAAAAAUCUGCUGCACAUUGAGCACGGAGCAUUCAGAAAUCUUUCAAGGCUAAAAUACUUGAGCAUUUGUAACACUGGAAUAAGACAAUUUCCAGACCUGACACAGAUCUUCUCAUUGGAAGCUCAUUUUAUUUUGGAGCUCUGUGAUAAUUUGCGUAUGACAGUUAUACCACAAAAUGCUUUCCAGGGGAUGAACAAUGAAUCACUGACACUCAAAUUGUAUAAAAAUGGAUUUGAAGAUAUCCACAGCCAUGCCUUCAAUGGGACAAAGCUGAAUCAACUAAUUCUGAAGGACAAUAAGAACCUCAGGCGGAUACACAACGAUGCUUUGAGAGGGGCCACAGGGCCAGAUGUCCUGGAUAUUUCUUCAACAGCGCUGGAGACCCUGCCUAGUUACGGGCUUGAGGCCAUUCAAGUCUUAAAUGCAACAUCAUCUUACUCGUUAAAGAGGCUGCCACCACUGGAUAAAUUCAGCAGUCUCCUGGAAGCUGUUCUAACAUAUCCCAGCCACUGCUGUGCUUUUCGAAAUCUGAGGACAGAAAAACAAAAUUCAUUGCUUUCCAUUUUUGACAACUUCUCCAAAGAGUGUGAAAACACCAUGAGGAAACCAACUAACGAAAUACUAUACGAUUCUAACAACACAUUGCUGUGGUCAGCAGGAAAGAACAUACAUUCCUUCACAGAUGAAGAAAACUCUCCUUACAGCUACUCAGCCAUUUUCGAUGACAGCGAAAUGACCGGCUUUGACUUUGAGUAUGACUUUUGCCAGCCGAAAGUAUUCACGUGCACUCCAGAACCAGAUGCAUUUAAUCCCUGCGAGGACAUCCUGGGAUACAGCUUUCUCAGGGUCCUGAUCUGGUUCAUAAACAUCCUUGCCAUUGCCGGCAACUUCACCGUCCUCCUCGUUCUCAUGACCAGCCAUUAUAAGCUCACUGUUCCUCGCUUCCUCAUGUGCAACCUCUCCUUCGCCGACUUCUGCAUGGGACUUUACCUGCUGCUCAUCGCCUCUGUGGACGCCCAGACGAGCGGUCAGUACUACAACCACGCCAUAGACUGGCAGACGGGCAGCGGCUGCAGCACCGCCGGCUUCUUCACGGUGUUUGCCAGCGAGCUGUCGGUGUACACGCUCACGGUGAUCACCGUGGAACGGUGGCACACCAUCACCUACGCCAUGCAGCUGGAUCGGAAGCUGCGGCUGCGGCACGCCGUGCCCAUCAUGCUCGGCGGCUGGAUAUUCUCCAUUUUGAUAGCGGUGCUGCCUCUCUUAGGGGUCAGCAGUUACAUGAAGGUCAGCAUUUGUUUGCCCAUGGAUAUUGAGACGGGUCUUUCCCAAGCCUACAUACUGCUGAUCUUGGUGCUGAAUGUUGUUGCCUUCAUUGUCAUUUGCGCUUGCUACAUUAAGAUUUACAUCGCUGUUCAGAACCCAGAGCUGGUAGCUGCCAAUAAAGAUACCAAAGUGGCCAAGAGAAUGGCAAUACUGAUAUUCACGGACUUUACCUGCAUGGCCCCCAUCUCCUUCUUUGCCAUAUCUGCUGCCUUUAAAGUUCCUCUCAUCACAGUGACCAACUCCAAGAUCCUGCUGGUCUUAUUUUACCCCGUCAACUCCUGCGCAAACCCAUUUCUCUACGCAAUUUUCACCAAAGCAUUUCGAAGGGAUUUCUUUCUGCUGAUGAGCAAGCUCGGUUGCUGCAAGAGCCGAGCGGAGCUUUACAGGAUGAACUAUUUCUCUGCUUAUGCCUCCAACUGCAAGAACGGCGGCUCAGCCACAGCCCCCAGCAAAGCCUCACAAGCGCUGCUGCUCCUGUCGGCGUUAGAGAAGCCAUAUCCUGCAGUGCGAGACAAGAUGUCUUACAAGGAAAAUUAAACCAGAGGGCCAAGAGAUGCAGCACUUUGCAAGGCCAGUUGUAAUUAUUCUAGUAACUAGGGAUUAUUUUCUAAUGUCCUGAGCAUUUCACAAUAAAUAAAAAUGCCAGUCAAUAAUUCGUAAGCAACAUAACUGUUGUGAUGUUCAAAGUGGUAUUUUCCCUUUCCUUCCUUUGUAACGACAGGUAUAGAAGGUGACUAUUAGGCAAAACUCUUCUUUAGU